AUGACUUGGGAGAUCAAAGCGGGAGUGAUGGGGAAGACAUCAGUCAUGGCGGCAGAGUACAUUCUCUCUCAUUUCCCACGAGUAAAAGAAGACAUGACAGUGGAAGAGUACAUGAAGGAAGGAGAUAGGAAGAGGGAAGAGUUGUUCAGGAAGGUUGAACCUAUGAGAGGUGCUGCGGCUUUGGUCAAAGGUCUGUAUGAUGCAGGAGUACCGAUCGCUUUAGCCACUGGAUCAACCUAUGCAAACUUUCAAUAUAAAACGACCCAUCUCCCUCACAUAUUCUCGUUAUUCCCGCCAUCAUGUAUCUUAACAGGCGAUUCACCAGAGGUAAAACCUGGUAGGGGUAAACCUAAACCUGAUGUUUUCUUGGCUGCUGCUCAUAGUUUAGGUAGGGAUGUAGGUACUGCUGAGGAAUGUACCGAUGCCCAACGGAUCGAAAGAUCGAAAGGGAUCGUAUUUGAAGAUGCUAGACCGGGUGUGAUAGCUGGUGUAGCAGCAGGUAUGAACGUGAUAUGGGUACCGGACCCAGAACUAUUAGCUUUGGAUCCAGAAGCCAACUUUGGUGCUAAACAGGUGUUAUCGCAUCUGGAAGAAUUCAAUCCUGAAGAAUGGGGAUUACCUCGUUUGGAAGGGUUCAACCAUUGCCCUCCAGCCUCGGAAACUAUCUCAGAUUUAUAG